CUUUUCAUGAGUCAUCAACCUGCGCCGCGUCAUUGCGCAGCGAAGUGAUGCUAGCACAUGUGAACAUUUCUCUAUUUUCAUAGUUUCACUAAAUUAACAAACAUGUCUUUAGUUGCAUUUCGCAGUAUUAGUAGGAUUUUAUCCCUAAAGACCGCUCCAAGAAGUUUUGUGUCAAUAGAAAAUGCAGGUGUUCAGAAUCCUUGGUUUUCUGCAGCAAUGACAAUAAGGACGUCGGCUCCUCUCAGUGCUGAGCCCAGAAGGAAGAAGAAGAAAGUGGACCCCAAAAGAGAGAUAUUGGUGAAGGAGAGGUUAAAGAAAAAAGUGAAGAAGUUGGAGAGAGUUCCGCCCGAGUUCAUUCCCAUUGAGGAUUUCAUGACUCCAAUCAAAUGUUUGGAUGAGACAAGGGUCCGCGCUGCUCCAAAGCUGUCCUUUGAUAUAAGUGAAGAACGAGCUCUGUUGCUGAAGAAGUGGAGCCUUUACAAACAUGAGCAGCAUUUGGCUGAACUACAGGCGACAAAGCUGGCACUGCAAGCACAGACGGAGGCGCUGGAAGAACUCAAGGCUGAAUCAGAGGAGCUUUAUCAGGCUGCACUGACACCAGACCUCCAAAUGUUCCCUUUCACUUACGAGGGUCCCACUUACACACCGCCGAAGACCACGUACGACGCGCCUGAUGGGAAGUACAACGACAUCACCAAAGUCUACACACAGUGAUGGUGUGUGUAAAAAGUGUUUGUGUGCAUCCUGAUGUUGUCUAUUUUUUUUUUUUUCGGGAAAAAAAACAAGCAUUACCUUGAAUCAAGUGUGAGAACAUGUCAAAUAUACAAUAAAUGUAUGUAUUUUAAACAAAAA